AUGGCGCGGCGGCUGCGGGCCGGCAGGUGCCGGGGCGGGCAGGGCGGCGCUCCCCCGACGGGACGGAUGCUGGCGCUGCUGCUGCCGCUGUGGCUGUGCGCGGCGGGCGGCGGCGCGGCGCCGGUGUAUAACCUCAGCCUGGCAGUGGACGAGGGGCUGCCGGCGGAGACGCUGGUGGGCGACAUCCGCGCGGGGCUGCCGGCAGGCGCGGACCCGCCGGGGGGCUUCCUGCUGUCGGAGGGGAGCGGAGAGUCGGCGGUGCUGGCGGAUUUCCACGUCCAGCCGGAGACGGGCAUCAUCCGCACGGCGCGGCGGCUGGACCGGGAGCGGCGGGCGCGCUACAGCUUCGCGGCGGCCACGCUGCGCGGCGAGGUGGUGCAGGUGGAGAUCGCUGUCACCGACGUGAACGACCACCCGCCACGCUUCCCGAAGGACAGUCUGCAGCUCAACAUCUCCGAGCUCAGCCCGCCCGGCACCGCUUUCCGCCUGCCGGCUGCCCGCGACCCCGACGCCGGCCGCUUCGGCACGCAGGGCUACGCGCUGCUGGAGGAGGGCGGCGCGGCGGGGGAGCCGCCGCUCUUCCAGCUGCGUUAUGUGCGGCCGGAGCCGCUGGAGCUGGUGCUGCUGCGGCGGCUGGACCGAGAACGGGCGGACGUCCACCGGCUGGUGGUGGAGGCGUGGGACGGCGGCAGCCCGCGGCGACGGGGCCGCCUGCGGGUGUCCGUGCGGGUGCUGGACGAGAACGACAACGCGCCCGCAUUCAGCCGCGGCGAGUACCGGGCGCGGCUGCGGGAGGACGCGCCGCCGGGCACCGCCGUCUGCCGCCUGCGGGCCACCGACCCUGACCUGGGCGCAAACGGCGAAGUACGGUACGCCAUCAAUCGCCGGCAGAGCGACCCCGACGGCUACUUCGCGGUGGAGGAGCGCAGCGGCGUCCUGCGCCUCCGCCGCCCGCUGGACCGCGAGGCGCGGGCCCUGCACCGCCUGGUCGUGGAGGCGCGGGACGGCGGCUCCCAGCCCGAGGUCUCCAGCGUCCUCGUCUCCGUGGCCGUGCUGGACGUCAACGACAACCGGCCCUCCAUCCGUCUGCUCUACCUCACCGAGACCGGCGGUCCGCGGGUCUCCGAAGGGGCACGACCCGGCGACUACGUGGCCCGAGUCUCCGUCUCGGACGCCGACGAGGGCGGCGAAGCGGAGAGCGCGGAGGGCGACGGCGGCAUCGCGCUGGCCCUGCUGGGCGGCGACGGCGCCUUCGCGUUGCGGGCGGCCGGGGCCGGCGUCUUCUUCCUCUGCGUGGCGGGGCCGCUGGACCGGGAGAACCGCGACCUGUACGAGCUGCGGCUGGUGGCCACGGACGGCGGCACGCCGCCGCUCUCCGCCGAGGAGCCGCUGCUGCUGCGCGUCGCCGACCUCAACGACGAGACGCCCGCGUUCCCGCAGCCCCACUACCGCGCCGCCGUCUCGGAGGCCGCCUCCCCCGGCACCGCCGUGCUCCGCCUCACCGCCUCCGACGCCGACGAGCCGGGCUCGCCCAACGCCGAGGUGCGGUACGCGCUGGAGGGCGACGCGGCCGCCCUGGCCCUGCUGCGCAUCGACGCGCGGAGCGGCGCCGUCAGCACGCGCGCGCGCCUGGACCGGGAGCGGCAGGCGGCGCUGGAGCUGCGCGUGGUGGCGCGGGACGGCGGCGUCCCGCCGCGCGCCGCCGCGUGCCGCCUCAGCGUGCGCGUGGAGGACGCCAACGACAACGAGCCGCGCUUCGAGCGCGCCGUGUACCGCGCGCGCCUGCCCGAGCACGCCGCGCGCGGCCGCCGCCUCCUCCAGGUGAGCCCCACACGGCCCGGGCCCACACCGCCCCGCACGGCCCCACGCGGUCCGGUCCCACACGGCCCGGGCCCACACCGCCCCGCACGGCCCCACGCGGUCCGGUCCCGCAUGGUCCGGCUUCCGGCGCCGCUGCCCUGGGACGCCGCGGUCCAUGGCACCGCCGCCGCGCUCCAGCACUGCAGGGAAGCAGGGAGCGCGGCCGGUGGAGCUCAGAUAAUCAGCGCAGCCCUGAGGAACGCGUUCCUUGUCCCGUAA